UUAAAUUUCCUAUACUUCUAAUCCCGUAAAUCCUUUCCUAAUGUACUAAAAACGAACAAAAAAAAAAAUAAAACCCAGUUGUGAUACCCAAUCUCGGGAAAAGGACUCCCAAGCACCCCAGGCUCCGAGCGGACAACAAUGAACCUGUCAUCGUGGUUUCAACGCAGUGUUUCGAGGAACAGUAAUAAGAACAAAUAUCCAGAGCAACAGCAAUCCAACCAUUCCGACCAAAAUCAACAGAACAAAGCAGUAGGAGAAGUAGAAGAAGAAGAAUUGUUUGGAGUUACCCAACAAUUAAUCGAUUAUGUCAAGUCCUUCACUUCGGAAACCUUCAAGAAUUUCCCUCUCCAAGAUAAUGAGGCAGCUAAUUCUAACAGUGAAACCCAAACUUCUUCUAAUGUGCGUAAGGAUCUUUCUGACUGGCAAGAGCGGCAUGCUGUCAUAGUUCUUUCAAAAGUCAAGGAACUUUCACAGCUUAGAUUUAAGCUAUGCCCUCGCCACUUGAAUGAGGAUAAAUUUUGGAGGAUAUAUUUCAUGCUUGUCAAGAGCCAUGUGGCUGGAUAUGAGCUGCAAACUGUACUACUAGCUAAACUAAAAAGGAAUUCUAUGUCGAAUGAGAAAACACUAGAUACCAGUGUAUAUGAAGUUGAAAUGGCAGAAAGAAAUCAAGCAGCUAGUAUUGCACCAUCAACUCCAUGAUUCCAACUUGCAUUCCUUUUGAGGAAGAGCAGGUAUCAGUCCAUUUAGUGAGAAAAAAAAAGCAUGGUCAUGUAUGGUCAUUUCCAGUGCUAAAAUGAGUAUUUGCUGUCAUUUUGAGAUGUGAACUUACAUUUGACCGCAACUGAAGUAAAUUAAUGGAAGAUCAUGAAAUGGUACAACAACUAAAUGCGCAUGUUGAAGGGAUCUGAUAAUUCGCUCUAUACAGAGAAAACGGUACCAGGCCUUUUCUUCCUUCUUUUUUUUUGUUUUCCUUUGUUUGUAGAAAGAAGGUGCUGGCAGCUUAAGUAAUAUAUUUAAUUUGUAAAUCAAAAUAGUUGCAGCAUUGUUCCUUGUUGGCGUUCUCUUAAUAACUCAUCAUGUUUGAAUAUAUUUACAUGAAGUACUUUAUCAGUGUAUCUUUAUUGGUUUGCAUUGUAAAGUUUCUAAUAAAAUUU